CCUGACGAGGUCAGAUCCCUCACCAAAGAGCUGGGCGCCAUGGAAGCCUACCUUCAGGAGAUGUCCGAGCUGGAGGAUCCCGAUGCGCAGGACAGAGACUGCAUGAAGGAGGUGCGGGAGCUGUCCUACGACAUGGAGGACAGCGUCGACGAGUUCCUCCUCCGCGUCGCCGGCGGCGGCGAAGAAGCUGCCGACGGCCCGGGCGGCCCCAUCGCCAGGCUGAAGAACGCCCUCGUCGACAAGCCCAGGACGCGCCACAAGAUCGCCAGGGUGAUCGAAGGUCUCAAGGCCCAGGUCAGGGAGAUGGGGGAGAGGAACGCGAGGUACAGGGCGCACGAGACGGUGUCCAAGGCGAGCAACGCUGGAGUGGAUGGGAGGGCUCUCGCCAUGUUUGAGGAGGCUUCAAGGCUUAUCGGUUUGGAUGGGCCAAGAAACGAGCUAGUCGAGGUCUCGGGGAAGACGAAGAAGAGCGGAUCAGCUCCAUCGCUGCCGGCGAAGGUGCUCUCCAUCGUCGGGUGUGGAGGUUCGGGGAAGACGACUCUUGCGAACCAAGUUUAUCGAGUGCUCAAGGGAGAAUUCGAGUGCCAUGCCUUUGUGUCGGUGUCACGGAAUCCGAUCAUGGAGCAUGUUUUGCAGAAUAUUCUGUGUCAAGUAGACGAUACACCUCAUCACAACAUACAAGCAUGGAACAUGCAAACACUUAUCAUACAAAUCAAUGGCUUCCUCAAGGACAAAAGGUACCUCAUUGUGAUCGAUGAUAUAUGGACCAAAGACGCAUGGAAAACAAUUAACUGUGCACUGUACAAGAAUGACCAAGACAACAGAAUAAUCACAACAACACGCAAGUACGAUGUAGCUGAAGCAUGCUGCUCUUCAGACGGCGAUUUCGUCUACGAAAUGAAGCCGCUUGGUCCUGCAGACUCCAGAAGGUUGUUUCUGGAAAGAUUAUUUGGCUCAGAAGAUAAGUUCCCCACAAACCUAACAAGAAUAGCUAAUAAGAUACUGGAAAAAUGUGAUGGUUUACCUCUGGCUAUCAUUUCCAUAGCUGGUCUACUUUCCAGCAAAGCACCCACAGAGGAUGAAUGGGUUGAGGUUCAGAGUUACAUUGGCCGUGGGAUAGCAAAGGAUCCAGGUGUUAAAACCAUGAUGCAGAUAUUGUCACUUAGUUACUUUGACCUUCCUCAUCAUCUGAAGACCUGUUUAUUGUAUCUAAGCAUGUUUCCGGAGGAUCAUAUCAUCGAUAAGAAGCAUUUAGUGAGGAGAUGGAUUGCUGAGGGAUUCAUCCCGAGAGAACCAGGACAGACCCUGUACGAACUAGGGGAGAGGUGCUUCAACGAGCUCAUCAACAGAAGCUUGAUCCAAGCACGGAACAUGGACAUGUACGGCGAGGUUAGAGCUUGCCAGGUCCACGACACAGUUCUUGACUUCAUUGUGUCGAGAUCUGAAGAAGAGAAUUUCGUCACUGUGUUUCGUGAUGAUGGUCAUAUGCCCGGUCCAGAUAGCAAGGUCCGUCGCUUGUCUCUCCAUGCUUGCAGCAAAGCGAAAGCUUCCACUCUGACAGAGCUGAAUCUGGCUCAUGUUCGGUCAGUUACAGUGUUUGCUUUUGAGGAACUGCCAUCGUGGUCAAAGUUCAGGUUUCUGCGUGUCUUGGACUUGCAGGGCUGCAAGCAGGUGGAAGGUGGUCAUCUUGCAGGUAUAGGGAAUUUGUUUCAGUUGAAGUACCUGAGCCUCCGUGAAACUGGAGUGUCUGAGCUCCCAGAACAGAUUUGGAAACUGAAGAGUCUGGAGACACUAGACCUGAAGAAGUCAAAGGUGAAAAGAUUACCUGCCGGUAUUUCUCUGCUCACAAGAUUGGUCUAUUUGGUUGUGGACAAGGGGGUUAAGCUUCCUGAUGGGACAGAAAGAAUGAAAGCAUUGGAGGAUUUAGGUUGCGUAGAUGUCUUCAAGCAGUCAGUCGACUUUCCACGAGAGUUUGGGCAGCUGGAAAAUCUUAGGAAUGUCCGGUUGUUUCUGAGCUCUGGUAAACGCAGUACUCCAGCAGAAGGAACUCGUUACAAGGAGUACCUGAGCAACAUGGCCUCUUCACUCUGUAAGCUCGGCCGCCUUCGCUCUUUGUCAGUCAAAGUGGACCCUGAAAGUUCAGAAGACUUCUCCCUGGAUUCUGCUGGUGAUGUCCCAGCCAGCCUCCGGAGGUUUCAGGUCACGGGUCAUUUCCUCUCCAAGGUUCCAAACUGGGCGCCAUCCCUUGUGAAUCUCCAAUGUCUGACGCUUCACGUUAAGGCAUUCGAGGCGCAAGAUCUCAUGGCACUUGGCCGCCUGCCGAUCCUGGUGUUUCUCCGGCUGGUGGCUCACGAGUCUUUCCAAGGAACAACAAGCAGGGUGACGAUCAGUGGCGCCGAUGGCUUUCCCAAGCUGCGCCGGUUCGACUAUGGAUGCGCCACGCCGGUCAGAUUCGAGGCCGGAGCGAUGCCGGAGAUCAAGAAGCUCAUCCUCCUGUUCAGCUACUUCAAGGCCAGCUGGGCAGUCCAAGAAGUUGUCGACUGGAUCGCCGAGAAGAGAACCCUGAUGGCCGACAUGAGCUGCAAGCAGGUGAAGGCGACUGUUGGUGAGAUGGGCGCCACGGCGGAGCAGAUGUUCAUGAAGUCUGAAAGUCUCAUGGAAACAGCAGCUCGCGCCCAUCUCAAGUGCUCUGAACUUACGAUCAGAAUAACGACGCAGUGGGGGAUGAGGAACGAGGGCAGCAGGUUCAAGUCGCCCUUCACGGACCGGCUCGUUUCCAUGCUCAGAACCAGCGAGGCAAGCCUCAUGUUAGCGCGGCAAGUUAGAGAGAUGAUGAGCAAUUGCCCGCUCAAGGGCAAAGGUAACUGCCAAUGUCAAGGUGUUCCCGAGGCAAUUGAGCAGGCAAUGAAGCAGCUGACCACCCUCGUCCUUCGCCGUUUCACUGGAAUAAAAUUACGUGAGAGACGGCCGCACAACGCCUUCGUGCGGACGUAGUCCCGAUGCUCGACGCGUGGGCGUGGAGACCAUCGGACGCACAACGCCUCCACGCACUGUAGGAGACAUUAGAGCCCCUCUUGACAGUUGUGGGGUCUUCAGAUGUGGUGUGGUUGGAAAUCAAUGAAAGUUUUUUUUCCUUAAUAAUCCAAUGGAUUAAUUAUUGUGAAAGAAGAAAAUAAAAAACAAAAGAAAAGAUGAGAUGGGCUUGUUUGGUAGCCUAAUUCGGCCCAUCAACUUGGCAGCCUUAGCAGCUUAUUAUCUCCUUCCUUCGUCCACGCUGGCAGCAGCAAACAGGUGUAACUGAGUGGAAGUAUCACAAUAACUAGUUAACUGAGUG